CCGCGCCUCUCUGCGCAGUCGAACGGUUCAAUGACUUUGUGGGACCAGUUUCUAUUUUCUCUCUGGUUCUGUCGUCGGGCCGACACGCAAGGAAGGGGGUCUUUGUUUGCGUAUCACAUUCGCGUUGCACGGUAUCAUCACUGACGGCUCCUUCGCAGUGCUUGAGACGGAAUGUGCCGUGAGUGGAAGCGUCGUUCUCGCUCCUAUCGUUUGUGAAAUGUGUUGUAGUGGUUCAGGGUGGCGCCGUCCAAUAGUGCAAGUGCAGUGAGGUGCAGUGCUGUGUUCGAGCGAGCGUGGGUCGGUACGGCCACGGCGACCGAAGUGCGUGGAGGUGGCGGCGGCCGCUCGGCCAUGACCGGCGAUAUGCCUUUAGGGAGCGCGCACGCGUUCGGGCGUGCGUUGCUCCGGGAUGGGGCGCUGCCGCCGCUGGAGCCUGGGCCGCCCGCUCCGCCCGCGACCAACGCGCAGCCGCCCGACAAGCGCCCACCGGCCGCUGCUGCAAGUCCCGAGCAGGUCAUGAAGCUUUACAUGAACAAACUUACCCCCUACGAACAUAGAGAAAUAUUCGAUUACCCCCAAGUGUACUUCAUAGGCGCGAACGCAAAGAAACGACCUGGCUUGGUCGGCUUUCCUAAUAACUGCCAGUACGACAACGAGCAAGGCUCCUACAUCCACAUACCACAUGACCACAUCGCGUAUCGCUAUGAGGUACUGAAAGUGAUCGGUAAGGGAAGUUUUGGCCAAGUAGUAAAGGCGUACGACCACAAGAAGCGAGAGAACGUUGCACUGAAAAUGGUCAGGAAUGAGAAACGUUUCCACAGGCAGGCUCAAGAGGAGAUUCGUAUAUUGGAGCACCUUAGGGAACAAGACAAAGAUAACACGAUGAAUGUGAUACACAUGUUCGAUUCGUUUACGUUCAGAAAUCACACAUGUAUAACGUUUGAAUUGCUAUCCAUAAACCUGUACGAGUUGAUAAAGAAGAAUAAGUUCCAGGGUUUCUCUUUGCAACUCGUCCGCAAGUUUUCACACAGCCUGUUACAAUGUUUGCACGCGUUGAACAAAAACCGAAUUAUACACUGCGAUAUGAAGCCCGAAAAUGUGCUGCUGAAGCAACAGGGACGCUCCGGAAUUAAGGUGAUAGACUUCGGCAGUUCGUGUUACGAGCAUCAAAGGGUGUAUACAUACAUCCAGUCGAGGUUCUACCGCGCACCGGAAGUCAUGAUGGGCGCCAAGUAUGGCAUGCCCAUUGAUAUGUGGUCGCUGGGAUGUAUACUGGCGGAACUGCUGACAGGGUUCCCCCUUCUCCCGGGCGAAGAUGAAGCGGACCAAAUGGCGUGUAUCAUUGAGCUUCUGGGUAUGCCACCCCAGAGGCUGAUAGAGCAGGGCAAACGUUCCAAGAACUUCAUCAGUAGUAAAGGUCUACCAAGAUACUGUACUGCUACUACACUGCCAGACGGUACCACAGUUCUAAGUGGGGGUAUGUCAAGGAGAGGCAAGCCUCGUGGUCUUCCCGGCUCAAAGAGCUUUGUGACAGCCCUAAAGGGGUGCCAGGACAAAUAUUUUAUCGAUUUUAUUAGAAGGUGUUUAGAAUGGGAACCAGAGAAGCGUCUGACACCUGCGCAGGCGCUGCGACACGCGUGGUUACGCCGGCGUCUGCCACGCCCACCUCACGAUGAAGAACCAAACCACUCAACUAGCGUAUCAGGCGGGGCGGGCGGGACGAGCGUGGCGGGCGGAGCGGGGGCGGGCGGCGCGCGAGGCGGUUCCCUUAGGACGCCGCUCGCGCGCACGCCCGUCACUUUCAAUGCCUCGCAAGUCGCCAGUGAGUACACCGCCAUAUUUACACGUGAAGCGAAGCUCCAAGCGGCCUUAUCGGAGGAGGGCAGCGGCGUGAGCGCGGGCAGUGGCGCGGGCAAUGCGCGGUACUGGGCAAGCAAACUGCCCCAUUUGCCCGCACCUUCCUAGCGCCCGCCCGCGCAGCGCCGCCUCGCUAAGUUGGUGUGUUUCAGGUGUCGUCGCUAGAAGCGCCGCGGCGCGCGGUCCCGGGCCCUACCCGGCUUGACCUUGAGCGUCGGAGCCUUGACCUUGAGCGGGAGUUGCGCGUGGACAGGGACUCUGAUGCCUCGCUCGACGACCGGGACCACCUCGUCUGAAACGCUUGACUUCAGCGCCAUCUAGUGUCGGUGAACAGUGACUGGUUGCUGACCAAACUUAGAGAUAAGAGAUACAUUGAUAAUAGUGAUAAUUUUCAAUACAAAUCUAGCAAGAAUUAUUAUAGUAGCUAUUCAUACUCUUCAUAAUUUUUUGGGAAACCGAUUCGUAUGGAAUAUUCACGUUUUACGUGACAUUUUCCGAUGCAAAUUAUUCUCGGAAAGAUUUUAACUAGGUGUCAAUCUUGUGUAUGUGUUAAGUAUUGAAAAGUAAAGCUCAAUUAUGUUUACCUAAGUUGGUCAGUAACUGGUUUAGAGUGUGUGCUAUUAAAGUAGUUGACUGCCAAAUAUACGACGACUACAAUUGAUUUAUAGCACUUUUUAGUUAAGUAUUAAGGUUUUAUUAACUUCUGUAUUUUUUUUAAUAUUGACCAAGUUUUAUAUGUGACCCCAAUUGGUUUUAACAGUGCUAUGUAUAUAUUCGUAAUAGCACGCUCUCUAAUGUGGCGUUAAGUGACCAAAAAUAGUGAAGUGACAGUGACAUUAGCUAUUUAAAAACGCGCCAUCUAUUGUUCACAGACAGUGAUUUAGUAGUGAAGUUAGUCACCAUUGCCGUUACGGUGAUUUCCAACGUGUAGUUUUAUUUGGGAUAAGGAACUUCAGGGGCAUUGGAUUGAUAUCAAAGUAUUAAAGUGCCUCAAUUUAUAUCGGUCCUCAGUGACAGCCCCAGUAUUAGGAAUUCAUAAGAAAAUCGAACAUCGAAAGUUUUGUUGUUUCAAAUGAUUGUAGUAAUAUUGUGCCUCUCUAUGUAUACUCAGUUACAUGUUCCUAUUUAUAAUUAAUUUAAGAAGUAGACUGCACUGUAGUUGGCGCCAAACCUGUAGCUGAUUUAGUAUUUGCGCACGGUACAGUUAGCAAAAGCAUUUUUUUUAAUGAUGUUUUGGGCUUACAGUGGAGUUUAUUUUUUAACUUGAGGCAAUGGUGACUCUGCUAGACAUCGCUUGGCGUUUAACCUAGUGCGUAGUGGCAAAAUUGAUCUCAAUAAUAAAAUAAAGACUACGAACGUAAAUAAAUACGAAAAUUUUAGUGGAAUUGUGCGAAUAACCUAACGUGUUUUACGUGUUUUCUAUAUUGUAUAUGUACCGUAAGGACAAUGUUAGUGCCUACUAAGUCUGGUUUAGUGUUAGAAACUUCGACCACUGUUUAAGGAUACUCUUUAAACAAACCGAACGACUUUAUUCGAGAGAGGAAUUUUUCACGCGCUCAGCAAGAAUUCGUCGAAUCUCAGAUGCCACUUACUUUUCGCAAUACAAGAGACUUUUAAUGCCGUAUAAUAUUUGAUUACCCAUUUUAAUACUCCGUAAAAUAACAUCCACUGACACACAAUAUAAGACACAGACAAAAGUCAGUGGCAUAACGAGAUUUCGAUGGAAUUAAUCGUUGUUAGCAAAUAGGAGUCAAAUGAAAAAAGUCUCUCGCUAGUAUAAGCGAUUUAUUGUGUGUGACUAAACAAUUUUCUACUGAAUCAAAUUUUUAUUUUAUAAGUCUUGUAGUUUUUUCCGAGUGAUAUAAUUCGCUGUAUUUCAUAGUGAAACGGUGACCUUAUUAUUGGAAUUCUUGGACGUAAGGGUAGAUAGAUACAAGGCCUUCUAAUUAAGAUAAGCUAUGCGAUUUUGUUUGUAUAGUAUAGUUGUGAUGUAUACAGUGGACAGUUGUAGUAUUUUUAAUGUAUCGGCCAAUCUAACGAAUAGUCGCAGGUUUUGAUUACAUUUUCUAUUUGAUGAACCUUACGGUCUUAGAAAAGAUUUGACAAUUUUAUUUAAUAGCGAUGUAUCAAGUUAGUAUGAAAUAAUACAUACCACGCAAACCUAGUACAUAAACUGCAUUUUAUUUACAAAGUAUGGUUCCUUUAUUUACGAAUGGUCAAACAUAUCAGUGCACGUUUUUAUUUUUGAAAAUAAUUAGUAAACAUAUUAUUAUCAAAUUUGAUUAUUUUGUAUGUUUUCUCACUUAAAGUUAGAUAAAUGAUUUAUUUAUUGCAUUUAUUAUCUUCUCUGACUUGAACCACAAUUUUAAAUUAUAUUUUACAGUUUUACUACACUAUAAACUGUGAAGAAUAGAUUUUCGUUUUACAGAUGUAUUAAAAAAAAGAUUUUAGUCAGUUUUACUGUCGAUAUGUAUAUAGGGUGUACUUAUUAAUUUUAAAUAGGUGGUCGUAGUAUAAGAAACGAACUGAUAAGAACUUAUUCAUUAUAUGUAAAUGAUGAUUUUUAAGUACACCCCCAUCCGUGCAAUAUGUAUGACAGUUUUUUGAUCGCUUGUUUGUCUUCCCAUGUACCGAUAAAGGCCUAUUUAAUUAUUUGUAUACACAUAUGCAUUUUCGUUUAGUUUUUAUUUUCUUUGUUUACGUGAUACGUAAGUGUAAUGUUUUUUACAUUGUGAUUGUGAGCUUGCCAGUGAUGAAAAGCUAGUUGCGCGAUUGGUAAACAAUAAAAUAUGUUUGUUUUUUGUUUACAAUUUCGCAAGUAGCGGCAUCUGUGAUUCAAAAUUGUUGUAUAAAUGCGUUUUUUGUGUGGUGUUAUGGUAUUUGUACAAAUAAUGAAUUAAACAUUAAACGCACAAUCAGUUAAUAAUCAAAUUUAAUAAAAAUCAUUGCUAGGCGUAAAGUAUACAUAACUAGAAUUAGUCACUGAAUUGAAUACUGUGAUGAAUUUAAUUUUUCAUCACUGGCAAGCUUUAUGUAUGAAUUUAAUGACUUUGGAGGCGGUCACUCAGACGAUGAAGAUUUAUUUUCUGCUUUGAUCAUGAAUAGCAACAUGUGAAAAUAACAAUGGGUUUUCCAGUUUAUUAUUUUAAAAUGGAGUCCAAAAUUGCCGCUUUUUUCAAUUAGUGUCACUAUACUCAAUGUAGCAUUCGAUUAAGUUGACUGCCUUUUAUUUUACUAUGCUCAAUAGAUCGUAGUGGUCAAACUCGUUAAGUACAGUCAGGUGGCGAUACUAGUUUUAUUUUUUACCCAAUAGCUGUUUAAGGUAUAUAGUCAAUUACUAUAGUUUAUUUUUUACUGAAUGUUGGCUAGUGUGGCUCAGUACGGCCAAUCGAUGAACGUUGAUAGCUAAUUUUUACCAGCGCCAUCUGUUGUGAUAAAAAAUCAAUUUAAGCAAUAAUUUUAACUCAAAUUACUCGAUUAAGAUGUGUUUCUCGUAAAAGUCAAAGAGGCUGAUGUCGGUAUAAGUUAUGUGAUCUACAGUUUUAGAUAUAAUGUUCCAUAAUCUACUUACAAAUUCCGUCCAAAUGUUGGUUUUUAUGUCGUUUCAAUAGCUUAAAUAAUCCAGUGUGUAAAUACCUUUUGGUUCCACUUGUCUAACACAGAUGGCGUUGCAAGCUAUCCGCAACAUUGAUCAGUAUUAAACAUUUUUUGUUGGAAGUCUCGCAUCGCUACUGCCAAGUACGUUUAAUUAAUUAUAAGUUUUUGCUAUAUCACAAUUUACAUAUAGCAAUUGUCUAGUGACUAUAUACAGAGAGUCUCGGGUAUUUUCAAGCCGUGAAGCGUAUAAAACGUUCUUCGAAUUUUGUAAGAAAAAACGUUGAUGGCUAAGUAUAUUUGGAAACACUCUGUAUAAGCUUUCGUUCGACCGCUGCAUUUGUCCCUAGUUACGUUGUAAAGUUGUGUUCUCAUUUUGUAUGUUACGCUGCUGUUUCAUCUUGAAACUUGUAGCGACAAUGUGAAUACUAUACAAUUUAAAUAAAUGAAUUAUAUAAUGAA